AACCUCGAGGCAGCAAAGAAGCACGGUUUCCUCGACCUACUCAGGACUCGACACGCCACCAAUGGCCUCACCUUUACCACGAACACCUACUUGCGGACCACCAUCAACACGUGUGACCCGGAGCUCAUCCAGAACGUUCUAUCGUUCCAGUUCCAGGACUUCGGCAUGGGACCUUUACGACGGAAGAGCGCUUCUCCACUCCUGGGGCAAGGCAUAUUCACCACGGAUGACGAGAUUUGGGCUCACCAGCGUGCUCUGAUACGACCGAGCUUCGUUCGAGCCCAGGUUACCGACUUCAGCAUCUUCGGCCACCACGUCGAUCAACUCAUCGCUCUCAUCUCUCGCCGUAACUAUGAGGUAGAUCUUCAGCAAUUAUUUUUCCGUAUGGUAUGUAUGCAGACAAGUCAGAUUCCUAUUUUAUUUUAUUUUUUUCCCAUAUUUGGUAACUCACCUCCCUUUUUUUGUUCAGGUACUUGACUCCAACAGCGAAUACAUGUUCGGGGAAUCAGUAGGGAUGAUGUCAGAAAACGCAUCGGAAGCUGCCACCACGUUCCAUCACGCACUUGAUUACGCUCAGCAAGGUACCAUUCUGCGUCUGCGACUCGGGAAUCUUAUGUUCGCCCACCGCGACCAGAAGUUCCGGGAUUCUUGCGACACCGUCCACGCGUAUGCUGACAAGUUCGUCGCACAAGCUCUGGAGUACCGCCGUAAGCAAUCGCUUCCUUCUGACGAGAAGGUGGAUAAGGAUGAAGUCGGUGGUGAUCGCCGAAAAUACGUCUUCCUAAACGAGCUCGCCAAGGAUACCGAAGACCCAAUCAUGCUGCGCGAUCAGAUCGUCAACAUGCUCUUAGCCGCCCGGGAUACAACUGCCGGAUUACUGGCUUUCGUCUUCUUUAUGUUGGCCAGGAGGCCCGACGUGUGGGAUAAGCUCCGAGCUGACGUUUUGGGACACUAUUGCGAACCAUUGACAUACGAAGCUCUAAUGGACAUGAAGUACCUUCGAUAUGUGAUACAUGAGACUCUUCGUUUAUUCCCACCCAUCGCUACGAACAGCCGAAUGGCCAACAAGGACACCGUCCUCCCCGUCGGUGGCGGGCCCGACGGGAAAUCGCCUUUAUUCGUCAAGAAGCACCACGUGGUCACGUACAGCACAUUCGUGAUGCACAGGCGGAAGGAGUUCUUCGGCGAGGACGCCGAGGAGUUCCGACCCGAGAGGUGGGAGAACCUGCGCCCCGGCUGGGAGUUCCUGCCCUUCAACGGAGGCCCCCGGAUCUGCCCGGGCCAGAAGUUCGCGCUGACGGAGUCGUCGUACACGAUCGCGCGCCUCGUUCGCGCGUUCGCCAAGAUCGAGAACCUGGACCCGACCGACUGGAGAGAGCAGCUGACGUUAUCAUUGACGCUCAACAAUGGCGUACAAUGCCGCUUGACCCCGGCAGCGGAAUGAGACCUCCCUCUCAACACUCGCUUUUUAUUUGUUUUUAUCUGAUUUGUUUUUUCUUCUCUCGUUUAUAUUUAACAUGAAAUGUCUUACGACGGGGGUUCGUUGCCUCUUUUGAUAUGAGCGGGCAUAAGGGCGGCGAUGAUGUCGGAAUACAGAAAAGAAAAAGGGGAACUUGGUAUGGGGGUUUUGAUAUUUACAGUUUUCUACCUAAUUGCUUAGAUCGUAUGUGUCGCUCACAUAGUGUAAUAUCUUUCGGUUUCGGGGCAUGAAGGGGGAGGGUAUGUAGCUUAGUUUUCCUUUUGGACUCUGAUUAGACACUUGACCUCGCGAUCAAAUGGGCAGGAUGGGGAUUCCCUUUGUUAACCAAUCGGAUUGGUCGUUUAGAUAGCCAACUGAAUCAAGCAAGAUACCUAU